AUUCUGCCCUCACGGCAGCAGCCGGCUCCCAGUAUUCCCUGAUGCGGCGGUCUCGGGCCCACGAUGCAAUGCACGAGCUAAUGCCCUCACGCGAGACGAGAAAUGUCGCCGCCGCAACUCUUGCAUUUGGUCUGCAUGGCGAGCUGGUGGCGCUUUGAGCCCACAGCCACGCUGAAGGAUGCACUCCAUUGGCUUUAGCGAGCUGAGUUCACCAACAUGCACGUCUCCGCCUGACUGACUUGACGAACUCCCCUUGUGUCCUCGCAGCUGUCCUUUGUUGCGUGCAUAUGCCUGCGCGCUACUACAUCAUGCGCUUGAUUAACGUUUACAAUCUCAAGACUACGCAGUUUACCGAUGACAAGACCCGGCCGCGCUAUGCAAUAGCAUCCCACUGGCGCAAAGACGAGGCCACCUUCCGAGAGAAGCCGGAAUGGUUUCGCAAGAAGUCGGGCUUCGAGAAGAUCAAAAAAUUCUGUGCUUGGGCCCAAGAAUUGGACUUGUCGUGGCUAUGGAUCGACUCGUAUUGCAUCGACAAGAGCUCUAGUGCUGAGCUGACGGAAGCCAUCAAUUCAAUGUUUUUUUGGUACCGGGAGUCCGCAGUCUGCUUAGCUUAUUUGGACGACAUCGACGCCUUUCCGCCUAGUUCUGGAGCAAUCAGUGCCUCAAAACUCGCUGAAAGCGAGUGGUUUCGGCGAGGCUGGACGUUACAAGAACUCCUAGCGCCAAAAACUGUGUUGUUCCGAGAACGAACGUGGAGAGACAUUGGCGCGAAAGUCAGCAGUCGGCAACCAUCGUCCAGUAUCUCGAUCUCUGUAAUACUGAACAAGCAACUCAGCCGCGUCACCCACAUUCCCGAGGAAGUUCUAGACGACUACUCAAAAGCUACCUCAUACAGCGAUGAUCAGAAGUUCUCCUGGGCUGCAGGAAGAGAGACGACACGCAUCGAGGACCAAGCGUACUGCCUGAUGGGCAUCUUUGAUGUUUACUUCCCAGCGACCUACGGUGAGCGUGAUCGUGCUAUGGUGACGCUCAAAUUUGCGAUUCAUCAGAAGAGCCGGCGUGAUCUUCCCGGCACAUUUCCGGUCUCAUCAGCAGCCGUGCCUGCUUCCAGCCCUGCCAAAGAGGAUAAAAAAGGCGUUAGCAUCACCAUGAGUACUAUAGUCACCACCGGUCUUUUGAUCUACAACAUCCAGGGCUCAUCUGUGGCAACUAUAAUCAGCGACAGCAUGCAGUGGACAUUCUCACUCUUUUCCGGCGCUGUACCCCACUUUGACGAGGAAAGCAUACUGUCGAUUCCUCAUCAGAUUGUGUCAGGUUUGGCGACUGUCUCAGAUCAGGCCAGAAUCUCGACACUGGACAAGUUCGGAAAUGUUCAACACGGUCUCUAUCUUUCCACCGCCGCUACGCUUGGUAUUCUUUUGACAGUGCUCUUCCUGUUGUGGAGAGGCCGAAGCUUCAUUGUAUCUGGCAUGAAAGCUGUCUUCAGCAUUGCGUUUUGCGCGUUCGCACUAACGGGAUUCUUUGUAGCUUCCAUGUCAGCAAGUAUUAUUGUUCUUCUGGUGACAGGACCGAUGCCCAGGGCUGGCGGUCAGGGACUUCUAGUGGUCAGCGGUCUCGGUGCAAUUCUCGUGUGGACUUACUAUUUUGUCUCCCUUUCGAUCUCGGAGUGGUACACUAGCUCUGGGAUUCUGAGUGCAACAAAUGCAACACGUUGAAAUUCGUCGGCACUCGCGUACGAUUCAUCACGACACAACCAUAUUGACAAGGCAGCGCAAAGCAACAGCAGUCUUGGCAAACGCCACUUGCGGCGGCGCCGAACUGUCAGCAUGAGUGCCUCGCAUAAGCUGUGUGCAUCAAGUGGCGCGAACGAUUGCACAACAAAAGCUGAUCUUCUGCCAGAGCGGAUUACGAGACUGUCGCUGCAAUGAAUACAUUGCCAAUGUGUCUGC